AUGUACCGCAAUUUGUAUGACACAGACUGCAUCACUUGGUCUCCCCAAGGCCGAGUCUUUCAGGUGGAAUAUGCAAAACAGGCAGUAACGCAGGGCACCUGCUGCGUGGGGCUCAAGUCCGAUUCUUACGUGGUUUUGUGCUCCCUGAAGAAAAGCCCCUCCAAGUUGGCGGGCCACCAGCAAAAACUUUUCUGUAUUGAUGAUCAUGUUGGGGUUGCGAUCUCUGGCAUCACCGCUGACGCCAAGGUCCUUUGCGAGAUUAUGAGGAAUGCCUGCCUCCAACACAAGUUCACCUACGACACGGAAAAGCCAGCUGCAAGACUGGCGCUGCUUGUUGCGGACAAAUGCCAAAACAACACACAGCGCAGCGGGAAGAGGCCUUAUGGGGUGGGGCUGCUUAUUGCUGCAUGCGAUGCCUCUGGCCCUCGUCUAUUUGAAAACUGUCCUUCCGGCAACUACUCUGAAUACAACGCCAUUGCAUUUGGCGCGCGGUCACAAGCCUCAAAGACAUACCUUGAGAGGCACUUCCAGACAUUCCCUGCCGCAAGUUUGGACGACCUUCUUCUGCACGCCGUAAAGGCUCUCAAAGCAUCCAUGGCAGCCGACACCGAGCUGACGGCAGAAUGUCUGUGUGUUGGCAUUGUGGGGCGCGGCCAGCCCUGGCGCGAGCUGAACCAGGAUGAGCUGCAAACUCUCGUGGAUCGUCUUGCGAGUGCUGAGGAUGCGGGUGAGAGCGCGGCAAUGGUUGUGGACAACCCCGAGGUUUUGACAAUGGGGAAGGCGUCGAAGGCCCGCAAGCGCAGGGCCCGGCGGCAAGACGCGCUGAAGGCAAAUGCAAUGGACGAAGACAAACCCCAGAAAAACAAGAAAGGGGAAACAUCAGAUGGAGAGGAGGGAGAAGGUGGCCCAUCAAGCCAUAGCGUCUUCAAGCGACACGCAGCUGAGAGAAAAGAGGUGAAACACCAAAUUGCAUUGUUGAAGCAGCGGCGGAAGAAGCUGAGGAAGAAGUUCCCAAAGGAGGCAGCGGAGAAGAGAGAAAUCAACAAGAAAAUUAAAACCCUAAUCAAAGAUAUUACAGACAAGCAACAGAAAGAACUCAAGGAACUCGGGAUUGCUAAGGGCGCGGAAACCAAUGAAUUCGCUGGCGAAGAUCUCGACAUCGACAACUGA